AUGAUGCCUUGGAGACAAGCAGAGCUCCCAGUCGCGCUCAAGAUCCCAGUGGUCCUCAGAGAGCAUCUUCCAGGGGCCAUGUCCGCUAAACAGGAAAAUCCACCAGACAUUGUUAUUGCUCAACAAUGGGCCUCCUGCAGCAGGUACCGGUUGGCUGGAAAAGUGCAGUCUCUCUGUCCCCGCAACUACCAACCCGUCUGCGGGACCGACAGCGUGACCUACCCCAACGAGUGCUCCCUCUGCAGAGAAGUCUUCCGUAACCGGGUCAUCGACAAGAAGCACGAUGGAAGAUGUGUGAAGCUCAACUGUACCGGCUAUCUGAGAUCAAGCGGUGGUCGUGUGAGGCCCUGCACCCUGGAGUACAUGCCCGUCUGCGGCACCAACGGGAUUACCUACCGUAACAAGUGCAGCUUCUGCGAUGCUGUGGCGAAUGGACUGGACGUAAACGUGCGCAGCAUGGGAGAAUGCUUCCAGCGGAUUGACUGCAGAGGUUGGAAUACCAAUGCCAUCUGCGCCGCCAACUAUAACCCCCAUUGUGGCUCCAAUGGCAAAACUUACGGAAACAAGUGUCAGUUCUGCAAAGCAGUUGUGCAGAGCAAGGGAACCCUGUUCUUCAAACACCAUGGUCCAUGCUGA